AUGGGAUCAAAAAGUGGUAAAUAUGAGAUUGAUCAUGAUAAUUUUGUACAAUUUGAAGAUGAAACUUUAUCAGCGUUCUCAUCAAGUUCGAACGGAUCAAUAGCUAGUGAAAGAUUGAGAAAAGAAGAAGCUUUUUUAUCAACAUUCGUUCAUUCAAAUUUCUCAAAUGAUAUAUUAUCAUCAAAGAUGGAUAACUUAACACUUGUUUGGCUUGAUACAGAAAUGAAUAAUCGACCAGAUAGUAUUGAUACUCAAAUAAGACUAAAAAAUGUUAUUAAUUAUCUUCGAAUAUUUGAUCAAGUUGAUGCAUGUGAACGAUAUAUUAAACGAAUAGGUGAAAUGAAUAAUAUUAAUAAAAUCAAUGAAGAAAAAUUACUUUUGGUGAUUUCAACAACAGUUCCCUUCCCAAUUAUUUCAUAUUUUCAUGGUUUUACUCAAGUGAAAGAUAUUUAUAUAUAUGGAAAAUCAAAAACGAAUUCUUCAGUUAUCCAACAAUUUGUAAAAAAUCAUUGCAAGGUAUAUAUACAAUAUUAUAAUAUUCUUUGA